GUUCUCGGUGCAUUUGGUUUGCUUGGUGGUAUAUGGAGCAUAAUUGCGGGACUGUAUGCCUUUCUAUUAGGAGGAGACGUAAUAAGUCCAUGGGGUUGUGUCCAGUCUUAUUGCUGCUGUUUUAUUCGAUCAACACGUUCAAAGCUAGAUAAAGAAUUUCCAGUCGUUCCGUUUCAAUCCUCCAAAAAUUUACCAGAGUCAGGGUCAGAGUCAUCAUCCCAAACAGAAGAGACGACAGAAUUGAAAAACCGAUUAGAUGCAUUGGAAGUGUUUAUUCAAGAAUACAUAGUCGAUACAGGAUAUUUAGAUGGCGUGAAAAAGGACGAAUGUCCAAAUCGAGUAAGUGCCUGGUUGUCACGUAUUAAAUUGAAAAAGAGCAACAGCCGCGAGAUACAAGGGAUGUCGGAAACACCAACUCAAACCGGACACAAUUCAACAAGUUCGUCCAUCCCGCCUUCGCAAUACCCACCAUCUCCACAUUCAGAUUCUGAUCAACUCGACACACAUACGUCUGACUUGCUGGUGAGACAAGACCAAUCACAACCAGCCCAACAAGAACAUGGAAGUCAAUCAAUGUCUGAUUUCGAUCAAAAUCCUACAAGCGUGGUUGGUACAGUCACUGACGUUCGAUCAAACCAGUCGCUUUACACGGCGGCGGCGGCGCAGUUGUCAUAUACUGGUCAAGAAAGAUAA